UGCGCCCGGCAGUGCGCCAGCCCCGAGCGCUGAACGCCGGGCCACCCAGGAGCCCUUGGCCGCCGCGUCAUGUGGUGGGGCGGCCGGCGUCGCGCGGGGGGACACCGGCUUGGCGACGCGCUGCUCUCGCCUUUAAGAGUUCGGGGCGCCUUCCCCUCUCAACAGACUAAAUCCGUUUAAAGGAAAGCAACACACCACAUACUCGUCGAACCAAAUUCUGCUCUCGCCGGGACUGGGGUUGCACAGCGGACUCUCCAUUUGGGGACUCCUCGGUUAGCGCAGAGCGAAGCCCCGGCUGGCUCCAGGGAGCACGCUGACCUCCCAAGCCCCAGCUCGCCCUUCGCGUGUCGGGGCUUGUUCCGCGUUCCCGCUUCGGAGAGUACUCGGGCCCUCGCGUCCUCCGGCAGGAAUCUGUCGCUCCGAGAGGGUGGCAUUUAAUGCCCGCAGUGUUGGGGCUGGCGACGCGCGGGCCGGACGUGGGGAGGUCGAGGAGCCUGCGUCGCUCUGGUGUCGGCUCCCGGAUUGCAGGCCUAAUCGAUGCAUUUUUCUGAGUGAGUCGGUGGCUCCCCCACCCACCUCGUCCGAUCUUUCCCCACCUCCUCCUCCUCUCUGGUCUCCUCCCUCCUCUGGGCCGGGCUGCAAAUGGCUUCUUUUCCCGAGACCGACUUCCAGAUCUGCCUGCUCUGCAAGGAGAUGUGCGGCUCGCCGGCGCCGCUCUCCUCCAACUCGUCCGCGUCAUCCUCGUCCUCGCAGACGUCCACCUCGUCCGCGGGCGGCGGCGGGGGUCCCGGGGCGGCGGCGCGCCGCCUGCACGUCCUGCCCUGUCUGCACGCCUUCUGCCGCCCCUGCCUCGAGGCGCACCGGCUGCCCGCGGCGGGCGGCGGCGCUCCGGGAGAGCCUCUCAAGCUGCGCUGCCCGGUGUGCGACCAGAAAGUGGUGCUGGCCGAGGCGGCGGGCAUGGACGCGCUGCCUUCAUCCGCCUUCCUGCUCAGCAACCUGCUUGACGCCGUGGUGGCCACGGCCGACGAGCCGCCGCCCAAGAACGGACAACUGUCCAACAGCCUCAGGCACCACCCAGAUGGCUGUGGGGCCAUCACCCGGUCGCCUUCCCUGAACAGCUGUCUCCUGCCCCCUGCUCCCGCGUUACAACUCAAAAGGGAACUGGCCCCUCAGCCGAGCAGAAUUCAGAUUCGUUUAAUUCCACGGAUACAAAUGCACCAACUGUGUGAUGUUUUGGUGUUGAUCACAGAUGUAGAACCUUUAAGAAAACGUACAACCGGGGAUGAAAGCUCGUGCGAUGAGGGCAACGCGGCCUCAUCGCGUUGCCUCGACUGCCAGGAGCACCUGUGCGACAACUGCGUCCGGGCGCACCAGCGCGUGCGCCUCACCAAAGACCAUUACAUCGAGCGCGGCCCCCCGGGUCCCGCGGCCGCGGCCGCGGCGCAGCAGCUGGGGCUCGGGCCGCCCUUCCCCGGCGCGCCCUUCUCCAUACUCUCGGUGUUUCCCGAGCGCCUCGGCUUCUGCCAGCACCACGACGACGAGGUGCUGCAUCUGUACUGUGACACAUGCUCCGUGCCCAUCUGUCGUGAGUGCACCAUGGGCCGGCAUGGGGGCCACAGCUUCAUCUACCUCCAAGAGGCGCUGCAGGACUCCAGGGCACUCACCAUCCAGCUGCUGGCGGACGCACAGCAGGGUCGCCAGGCCAUCCAGCUGAGCAUCGAACAGGCCCAGACAGUGGCAGAACAGGUGGAGAUGAAGGCCAAGGUGGUACAGUCGGAGGUGAAAGCUGUCACAGCAAGGCAUAAGAAGGCCUUGGAGGAGCGUGAGUGCGAGCUGCUGUGGAAGGUAGAGAAGAUCCGCCAGGUGAAAGCCAAGUCUCUAUAUCUGCAGGUAGAGAAGCUACGGCAAAACCUCAACAAGCUGGAGAGCACGAUCAGUGCUGUGCAGCAGGUCCUGGAGGAGGGUAGGGCACUGGACAUUCUGCUUGCCCGAGACCGGAUGCUGGCCCAGGUGCAGGAGCUGAAGACCGUGCGGAGCUUCCUGCAGCCCCAGGAAGAUGAUCGAGUUAUGUUCACACCCCCUGACCAGGCUCUGUACCUUGCCAUCAAGUCCUUUGGCUUUGUUAGCAGUGGGGCCUUUGCACCUCUCACUAAGGCCACAGGUGAUGGCCUCAAGCGGGCCCUCCAGGGUAAGGUGGCCUCAUUCACUGUCAUUGGCUAUGACCAUGACGGUGAGCCCCGCCUCUCAGGGGGUGACCUAAUGUCAGCUGUGGUGCUGGGCCCUGAUGGUAACCUGUUCGGGGCAGAGGUGAGUGAUCAGCAGAAUGGGACUUAUGUGGUGAGCUACCGGCCCCAGCUCGAGGGUGAGCAUCUGGUGUCAGUGACCAUGUGCAACCAGCAUAUUGAGAACAGCCCCUUCAAGGUGGUGGUCAAGUCAGGCCGCAGCUAUGUGGGCAUUGGGCUUCCGGGCCUGAGCUUUGGCAGUGAGGGUGACAGUGAUGGCAAGCUCUGCCGCCCUUGGGGGGUGAGUGUAGACAAGGAGGGCUACAUCAUUGUCGCCGACCGCAGCAAUAACCGCAUCCAGGUGUUCAAGCCCUGUGGCUCCUUCCACCACAAAUUUGGCACCCUGGGUUCCCGGCCUGGACAGUUCGACCGGCCUGCUGGAGUGGCCUGUGACACUUCACGCAGGAUUGUGGUGGCUGACAAGGACAAUCAUCGUAUCCAGAUCUUCACCUUUGAGGGCCAGUUCCUCCUCAAGUUUGGUGAGAAAGGAACCAAAAAUGGGCAGUUCAACUACCCUUGGGAUGUGGCAGUAAAUUCUGAGGGCAAGAUCCUGGUCUCAGACACCCGGAACCACCGCAUCCAGCUGUUUGGGCCUGAUGGGGUCUUCCUGAAUAAGUAUGGCUUUGAGGGGGCCCUCUGGAAGCACUUUGACUCCCCGAGGGGUGUGGCCUUCAACCAUGAGGGUCACUUGGUGGUCACCGACUUCAACAACCACCGGCUUCUGGUCAUUCACCCCGACUGUCAAUCAGCACGCUUCCUGGGCUCAGAGGGCACCGGCAAUGGGCAGUUCCUGCGCCCACAAGGCGUGGCAGUGGAUCAGGAAGGGCGCAUCAUCGUGGCUGAUUCCAGGAACCACCGGGUACAGAUGUUUGAGGCCAACGGCAGCUUCCUGUGCAAGUUUGGUACUCAGGGCAGUGGCUUUGGGCAAAUGGACCGCCCCUCUGGCAUCACUAUUACCCCCGAUGGAAUGAUCGUUGUGGUGGACUUUGGCAACAAUCGAAUCCUCAUUUUCUAAUUGUAUCUACUAGGUUUCUGGGUUUGGGGUGUGCCUGUGUGCGUCUCUCUCUUUUUGAAUUUCGAAGAAGAAGCAGUCUCAGGGAAAUUUCUUUUUUUCUUUUUUUAUUUUAAAGAGAACAAGAAAAGUACAACAUUGCUUAAGUCCUACCUCAUCUUUAUUUUUUUACAGAUGAAUGUACUUAUCUUUUGUGCAGGGAUUGAGCCUGUGAAGUGAUAAUUUCUAUCUACCUCAUAAGUCUUCACAUUUCCUUCUCCAACAGGCCAUCUUCCCUUCCCCAGUGGAGUUCUCAUUUCCCUCUUCCCUGGUGUGGGGCGUAAUAUGCACAAGCCUAGCAUCUCUGUGGCUGGGAGGGCACUGCAUGUGUGUGGCGGGGUGGAUUCUGUAGCUUAAGCUAAGGAAACACAAUAGGAGAAAACAAAAAAAACUAAUGUGGGGAGAAUAGGAUUUAAAAUUCAUAAUGCUAGAGUAUUUGUAUUCUUGAGAAUAAUGCUGUGUUGUUGGGGUUAGAUUGUGUUGUGUGGUUUGAUCUUUUCUGGAAAGUCUUUUUUUUUUUAAUGCUGCAACAGAGGAGUUUUCCUUUGUUCUCUUUUAUUACCUCAGUGUGUCUCACAUCUUCUGCAUCUUUUCUUAUUCCUAGGAGAUAUGGCUGUGGCUUGCUAGCCAAGAAAAGCAGACCAUUCAUGUUUUAGGGUAUCUAGUCUUUAUCUUUCUUUUAAGGUAGGAUGUGUGUGUGUAUUUUAAAGCCAUCUUCUGCCCAGAUAGUAAAGCUGAAAAUGACACACCACACCCUAGGGAACCUGUUCCCAUUUUGGUUUCUACAAAAUAGGUGUAGCUCAGGAUUCUUAAUUAAAAGUAUUCAAAAAGCUGAGUAUUCGUAUUUUGUUGUUGGUUAUAAAGCAUUAAGUGGAAGGAAGAAGAAAACGAACCUCAUUCUCAGAGGGUUUUCAGACGUGGACUGCCAUGCUGAGAGAGGAAGUAGAGGGCACUAGGGAAGGGAAGCAAGGCACCCCCAAACUAGGGAUUCUUCUGCAGGGGCGGGGCUGGCCCCUGACCACAGAGUGAAUGUUCUGUAAUGCUAGGAGCUUAUUUUCCUAAGAAGUAUAGGCAGAGGAAUAACUUUUAUUUUAAAAGCACAAUUUUUUCCUGCUUUGGAAAUUCAGGGAAGUAUAGUAUUUGAACCUCAAAUUAAUGGGAGCAGCCCAUUUUCAAAACCUCUGCGUGGGUCACUUUUACAGGAUUGUUGUCCCCACCCCACCCCAGGCAUCCUGUAGGAAAGACCUCAUGGCUGAGGUGAAUUUUCCCCCAAGGCCUUUGAAUGUAAAGGAUUUGUAAACCAAAUCACCCCAACCUGAAAUGUAGGAUAUAAUACCUUUUUUUGAAACAUAUAACUUGGUACCAAAGAAUGAAUAUGUGUAAGCCAGACUUACACUACAGGAUGGGGGUGGCAUGGUGUAUGUGUCACUUUACAGGAUGGGUUUUUUGUGAGCUGGACUUGGGUGCAAAAUGCUUUAUUGUUUGCCUUUCAGUUGGAAAGCAAAUGUAGCCGAAUCUUUGCUUUUUAGAACCCACGUGGGUCCCUUUAUUCAUUCCUCCAGAUACUGAAGUAAGAACCAGUUCUGGGGUAGCUGUCCUUAGGAAAAUAGAUGCUCUCAGAUGUUCAGUUGCCUAGAAGGGCAACCUGUAUUUGCAACAGUCAGUCUAAUGCAUCAGUUUCUGUUCCGCGUGUUUGAGGUUUCUGUCUCAAAAGUGGAGUUUUUAAAUGAACAGAGAAAUUUACAAAUUGAGCAGUUUACUUUUUUUAGUCCAAAAAAGGGGGAUGGAUUAAUGUGACAAAUCAAACUACUUUCCCCCCCACUUAUUUCUGAUACUUAAUUUAUCACUUUGAGAGGCCCUCUUUCAUUGCUUUAUUCUAGGGUUUCUGGGUUACCAAAGUGAGGGGGUUACUUCACCAAGCAGAUCUGCACACAGUCAGAGAUGCAUGAAGUGGAAAGACCUUCCACCACUAAACAUUCUCACUGUUUCUGUUGUUGGGGUAACUUGGAGGUGGUUUCCCCCUCCUCUCAGCUGUCUACUAGAUCACAGUUUAAGCACCAAAGACAACUGGUUUUUAAUGCUUAAAAUUUAUUUUAUUGAAGAAACGCAUCUUGAUAAAAGCUUUCUCAGAAACCAAAGUCAUAAUUAUGACUGGGGAAAGUCAUUUCAGUUAAUCACUGGCCUUUUAUUUUUUAUUUCUGUGAUCAUCUUCACUCUGUUUCCUUCUCAACUUUCCCAUAUGUGGGGAGGUAUUGGGUGCUGAUCGAGGCAUUUAGUUGGUGAAUAGCAGUAGAUGUAAAUACUUAACAUUUCACUGUGGAUUUGGUUGUAAAACCGGGGUUUCUGCUUCAUGGCUAAACUUGUUAGAUCUUAGUGUAGAGCAAGCAGCCUGCAGUCUUGGAACAAGCAGGGCCCUCUGAGGUGGGUGUGUGGAGUGGAGCGUUCCUGCUGCUGUCUCUUCCAUGUAUGUUGGUUUGGCCCUUUACCUUUCUGAACUCAGAAAGUGGCAUCUGUAAAACAUGGUCACAUUUGGGGAACUUUUGUUUAUAAAACAGUUGGUCAUUUGUGGCUGCUGGAGAUUGAUGCCUGACCCUUAGGGAUUGGUGCUAAGCACUUUGGAGAGUGUGUUCUGUAUAGUGAGGAUUGUUCCAAGUCAGUGAAAGAUGGUAAAAGCUAACUUGGUGCUCCCUAGUGUGAGGCUGUCUAAAGCAUGUGUUCUGAUGCUUAUCUCCAUAAUGGGGUGAUGCCAGAGUAGAUGAGAGUUGGGUCAGAGGAGUCUUCAAUGGGUGAAAAUUUAAAGUCUUGGGUGCAGAGAAGGAGAAUAAAAUGUCUGUAGGGAAUAAGUGUUCAUUAGCUAAUACUCCCCAUAUCGGUCUGAUACGGUUAAGUGGCAGGAAUAGGAAGGUAGGCUGUAAGGUCAGUUUAUAUUUGGAGGUACCCAUUAAAGGCUGUAAGGUCAGUUUAUAUUUGGAGGUACCCAUUAGUGUUGUAUAUAUAGGCUAUAUAGGUUUCAAUAUUGGUGUUAAUGUUUAAUGGAAAUCUGCAUAACCCCAUAGGUGUUGGCACCGACUUAGCAUCUCAAGACUGCAGUCUGUAAGUAAAAGUAGUCACUUUCUGUCAGUUCGGUCACGAAAAGCAAUCCUGUCUCAGAACCUGCGUUCUGUUGUGGCUGGCAGGUCGCACUCAAUUGGCUGGAGCCCAGUGGCCGCAGCUGCUCCCCAAGUGCACUAAGGCUGGAGCCCAGUGGCCACAGCUGCUCCCCAAGUGCACUAAGUCCUUAAUCAGUGCCCUUUUAAGUUUGACUUACUUAGGGAGACACACAUGAGUACCACGAACAGAACCUAAAUUAAUUUUUGGGCCAAAGAAGUUGCCAGAAUCAAGGCACUUUGUUAUCAAUUUGGAAGAGAAUAGCUUGAAGUCAGCUCAGCCCGAUUUUACUCUAAGCCAAAGCUUAUUUCAGGAGGGAUGUCUUUUAGGCUUGAAGCAGGAGAGUGCUGUUUGUAUUAUGUGUUGUCUUCUUAUUUGGAAGAUUCUAAGAUUGCUAUGUUCUGGUAGAUAGUGAAAGAUAUGCCAAAGUUUUAGGCUUGUUUUUUUCUGUUUAAAACAUUCAGUGGUGCCAAAAAAUAUUUAUGGUGUUUAUUAAGAACAUCUCUCUCACUGAGUUUCCAACAGUCUGGGGCUGUAUAAAAGUCAAACUCUGUGCUUGCACGUGAUGGUUGUCUAGGGCCAGGGCCUCCCCAGGCCCUACAGCUUUCUCAGGCUUCCUGCGGGCCCCAGGUCAGAGGACACAAGUGUACAGGACAUCCUAUAUGUCCUGGGGUACGGGACGUGCUAUACUGACGGCUCCUUGUUCAGGUUCUACCUCACUUGCAGUGAAAGUUUCAUCUACCUCAUGUUAGCAUCCAAAGGGUCUUGAAAAGAAUAGUAUUAAUCCAGUGGAAAGUAGGUGGAAGUGGGAAGCUACCUUUAGAACAACUAUUUUCAUAAAUCUAGAACUGUUUCUCCAAGAAGAAAUGUUGGACCUUUAAAAAGAUGUCAGGUAAAUGUAGUCAUAAAUUCAAGUAGUUCUUAAACAACCUCUCUCAACUUCCAAAAGAUUGACGCAUGCCUUUCCAUGCUGCUCAGUGUUACGAGACUACUGGGUGAUCUGACCAAUUGCAGGACUUACUGUCAAAGACCGUUAGGUCUCUCUUCAAGAGAAAAAUGUUUUACCUGUUUUUGAAUGUUUGCAAAUAGACCCUUUUAGGGGAGAUUGUAAAGUCCUGAUUGUAAACAUCAAUUAUUUGAAGGGAAUGAGAAUUCUUUUGACUUUGUGAUUGUAUCUGUAGCUUCUGGACCCAGCAGGAGGAUGUUCAUCACCAUGAUGUUGCAGCACUCACUGUUCCCACUGAGCAGUGGCUGGGAAGUGUGUAUUGGUGUUUUGUUAUGUGUUUUAAUUUUUUUCUACCAAAGGUAACAUGUUGACGGGUUGCUUUUUUUGUUUUUGUUUUUUUCUCCUUUCCAUGUUUGUUAAAUACUUGAUAAUAAAUUUGAGAAGCACAUUAUCAGGAUAUAUACUGUAUUGACCUUCUACCUCUUCUUCUGUGGUUAAUAUUUGGUUUGACUGGAAGAGGGGAUUCUAAGACCACUCUUACUAAAUCAUGAGUUGGGUUUAUAAAUGUCAUGGUGAAAAAAAUACCUCAACAAUGUCUCUUUAAAACUGAUCUUACGGGUUAACAAGCCAGCCUGGUGGGAUGUUUUCCAUCAUCAUUUAACCAGUAAUGGUUCUAAAAGUUUUGUGUAUCCACAUGGUCUUAGACCUCAUUUUAAUGAUUGUAUUAACUUUCGAGCUCAGGUAGUAUUUUUCCUAAGGCUAUCUCAGAGCACACUGGCUGAAUGUUGGCGUGUGUAGCAAGUUGUUUACUUUCUUUACAUAACCAGCUCUGUAAUAGUUCUUUAUGUUUCUAGCAGUCUGUUAGUUGUCUUUCUUCAGAGGGAGAUUUUUCACACUUACGGGGUUUUCUUGUUUUUAGGUGGUAAGAUGUUUCCUUUCUUCUUUUCCCUUAUUGUCAGUGCAGGUGAGGGUGGGUGGGUAAAGGGAUGUUUUAAACUAGCAUAUUAAGAAUAGUUGGGGGUGGGAGGGUUGUUAGUAUUUUUUAUAUAAAUCUUGCUUAAUAAUGUCCAUUAGCUCUAAUGCCUGGUCAUAAAAAUGCUUUAAUUUUUAAGUAUAGAAUACAUGACUCGGUUGAGUCUUUUACUUUUUUUUUUUUUUUAAAGAAAUUUAAAUGACAGGAUUGGGGGAAAAGUAGCAAAAAGACAUGUUGGAUGAUUAAGUUAAACCUCUAAUUUUUAUUAUUUGUGCAAGGCAAAUUGAUACAAGCAGUAUGCACCCCCUGAAUACCUCCCUGGCUGCAGAAGCCAUGCAGCAAGCCUGUCUGGGUGCUGGCUGCCUUGUGCCACAUUUUACACGGCACUGCCUUGGUAGUGCGUGUCCCAUCCCAUCAUUUCGUGGAUAGGUGGAGAGAUAGAUUUUCCUCCAAACCUUUAGGCAGAAGUGGGUUUCUGUUUGGGUUAUGUUUUUCCCCUCUUGGUUAUUGCUUUUAAAUCUUAAACAUAAAUAGUCAGGCCGCAGGCAUGACAGGCAAUGAGCAGGUGAAAAACCAAUGGAAGAGUGUUCCAAAACUCCUGUGUUAGCUAACAGGCUUCUGAAUGUAUCGCUGUGGUCCACAGAGAAGGCUGGAGAAGGUAGCAAGGAGAUGCUGUAUCAGCUACUACAGCCUUAAAACAAAGUUGGUGUCUCUUUGGACUUUAAAAUUGUUCCUAUGCAGCUUAUUUUAUUUUUGUUUAAUCAAAUAAACAAGAGGGUUUUUCAACAUGGA